AUGUAUUGUCUAUUACGUUAUUCACAAUUAACACCAAUGAUAACAACUUUUGGAGUUACAACAUCUUCAUCAUUAUCACCUAUUACAAAUGAAUUAUCACCUAUGUUUUCUUCAAAUGAAGAAAAAACGAUUUCAAUAGAAAAUCCUAGUCCACAUCAUCUUACAGUUGAAUUAAAUGAAACACAUCGAAGAUCAAAACAAAGUGAUCGAUCACCGGUUGUAUCUUAUUAUUCACUUUUGCCAAAAGCCUAUUGA